CCCAAAUUUUUGAUCCCCACCAUUGAGUGCUGUGUGCAAGUUAUCAGCCUUUGACACAGACGACACUUCAGUUCAAACUGGAGCCUCUGUCAGCGGCGGUAACAGUAUUUGAGGUUGCUGGCGCAAUUACAUACGUGAUAAGCGCUGCCACGGCAUUCAUGCGAGAUAUUCGAGGGGCUCGACAAGAAAUCAUCGCCGUCAAAAAGGACCUAACAUCACUCAAAGGUGUGCUUGAGAUACUCGCGGAUGACUUUCACGAUGCCGAUAAGAUCAAGCUCCCAGACAGCGUGCUUGAGCGAAUUGUCGAUGUGGCUGCAGACUGCCAGAAUGUCGUGAAUCAGAUUGGCGGGUUGUUGAAGGAAGGUUCGCGUGUCAGUUGGGCUCUGUCGGGAAAAAAGGAGAUGGAAGGCUUGCAAGAAGAUCUGGAAAGACACAAAGCCACCCUCAGUAUAACACUGGAUUUGGUAUCUGUCAUCAUCAUCAAAGACAUCCAAGACGACACAGAGCACAUUCUCCAAGACACCUCGGCCAUCAAAGGCAACACAGCACAGAUACAAACAGACAUCGACCGUUUUCUGCAGGGAAUUUCUCAGCUUCAACUCCAGUUGAAUGCGCCGGAGACAGGGCUAAGACCAUCGAAUUAUGUUCUCGGCCGGUUUCUCGCCGACCUGAGGACCGACGCGGAGACCAUUCUUGGAGAUGCAGAGUAUCUUGAUGACAGGACAGAACAGUAUCAUGGGUAUCUGCACAGCCAGGAAGAAUAUGACUUCAGAUCACCCGAAGAGCCAACACCCGCUCCCAUCACCGUGAGCGACACAGAAGGGAGACGUUGUUUGGUCCCAUUUCGUGCUUGCAGAACCUGGCUGGAAAUGUCGAAGGCAAUAAAACAAUUGUAUGGCCAUCUUCCUCAGAAUGACCAGGUCCGGGCUGGAAAUUGCGAAGUCUUCGGUCCUAGUGGAGAGAUAAUCCUGCCAGCAUUUCGGGAAAGCUUCGUUUUACCAGGUUGGGAAGUGACGCUGAAGCUACGCCAAGUCAAGAUGGCCAACCAGUCCCUUAAAGCAGAAGCGACAAUUGUUGAUGAAACUAAACCUUAG